GCGUGCGAGAGAGGCACGAAUUUUUGUCACUACCCGCGGGGAGUGCUGUCGGCGGCAGUAGCGGGGCGGCGAAACCUAACCACGAACUAAACAGAAGAAAAAAGAUGGCCGCCGCGAGGCUGCCGUGAAGGGGGCCGCGUCGCUGCUCGCGCUCGCGGAAAUGGGACGUUGCGACAUCGGGAUCGGAGUGUCAUCGGCCGUCUCGAGUGAGAAGUGUCAAGCGUGCGUCGUCCGUGGUGAUUGUCGUCGGCGAGAGGGUGAGACGUUGCCGUGACUUAACGGCGGGCCGGCUGAGACUGGAGUGGAGUGGUAGAGCGGAGCGUGCCGCACUCGUUGCGCGUCGUCACGACGACGACGACGACGACGACGGUGACGAGAAGAGAGGAGGAGACGACGACGCCGUCGACGACGUCAGCAGCGAAGAGAACGGAAAGUGCGGCGACGACGACGACGACGACGACGGCGGCAGCGGUGCGACAGCCAGAAAACCGCGAGAUGGCAUCCGACAGUAGGAUGGAGGAAUGGGUAGAGAUCAUAGAGCCACGCACGAAGGAGCACAUGUACGCGAACCUGACCACCGGAGAAUGCGUGUGGGAUCCUCCACCGGGUGUACCUGUGAAAAAGACGGACAACAAUCAAUGGUGGGAGUUGUUCGAUCAGAAUACCUCACGCUUUUAUUAUUACAACGCGACGUCUCAGAAAACCGUGUGGCACCGCCCGACGGACUGCGACAUCAUACCGUUGGCGAAACUUCAGACGCUAAAACAGAAUACGGAACCUGCAAGUGGUAGUACGUCCGAUACUCAAAAGGUAACCGAGCCGAGAAAGAAAGAAUCCGUUUCGACGCAGACGCAAACUCCCUCGGUCAGUCGAUCGACGCGAUUUAAUCAUCAAGAGAACACGAAUUUGACUCCAUCAUUGCAAGCUCUUUCUCUUAGUGCAAACAAAACGCGGACUUCUGCGGUUGGCGUCGAUCUUCAGACCUCUCCUCCUUCUCCGUCUCCGUCCGCGAGACGACACCAUCACCAUCAUCAUCAUCACAAUAAUAGGCAUCACAGACAUCAUGACGUACCUGCGACACGUACCAGACAGCACAAUCAUUCACAGGAUUCCGGUAGAUCCAGCGACAGCUCUGUCUCGCAUAGUAGAACCUCUUUGGAAUCGACUAGUUAUCGUUUGUUGGACUCGCCGCACAGGCAUCAUCAUCGUUCAGCCGCGCAAACACCAGUGAACACCGCACAAUCCUCACCUAGGCAGCACAGUAGCGGCACCCUGGAGACUAGGUGUCACAAGAGCGGGACUCUCGAAAGCGUGAAAAAUCAGAAGUCGCUGGUGGGAGAACCACCGCCGCUGGGUCUGUCGCUCUCGACCAGCACACCCUUGUUUAAGAAGAAAACUUUCGCCGAUCCACAACGCGAAGGUAGGGCUGGAAACUUGGACCUAGACAAAAGUAAAAAUGGUAGAGAAAGUAGCAGAGGCUCGUAUGGUCCUGAGCCGAGUACGUCGCCAUAUCGCGAUUCUCUGAUGGAAUCCCGUGUCUUCAGGCAAGAAAUGCCGCCGUAUCGUCCGCCUGAAGUCCAACUUAGCCAUAGUUAUAAAUCGCAGAGCGAGAAAUAUGGUUCCUUAAUGGAGAGUGGCAAUCGUUACCCUAGGGAUAGAGAGCGGGAGAUGCAGCAGCAGCAUCGGGAGCGAGUAAAUAGUCUCGACAAGGCGAAUGCGCCAGCCUUUUAUCCGAGUUCCAUGCACUCGAGAAACAUGAACAAGCAGCCGCAGGAUGGCACAGGUAGCAUAGGUAGAAGGCAUCAUGGAUGUUCUGCGUCGCUUUCGGAAGCGAAUGUUAGGGACGUGUAUGGUGCAAUGUUGUCCGAAAGGAAUGAUCCUGCUAAGAGUCUUGGUAGAUCUGUUGGCGUACAUAGCGGUAAUUCAUCGAAGCAAAGAGGAGGUCUCGAAGCGGUGGAGAGAGAGCGGGAACGCGAUAGGGAGAAAGAGUACAGGCGAAAUACAGCGUGCAACAACUCACUGGAUUGUAUAUCGCAGCCACUGGGUCGCAGUUAUAGUUUCGUACAACAGCAGAAGCAGCAGCAAAAGAUGCAACAGCAGUUACAGCAGCAGCAACAACAGCAACAAGCUAGAAGAAGAGAGCGAGACGACGAUGCUAUGCAUGAACGUUACUUGAUGAUAAGUCAAACUCACGAACAAUCUAGACAGAGACUCAGUAGUAACACUAGCAGUAGUAAUAGCAGUAACAGCAGCAGUAAUAGCGCUGCUGGCGAGGAAACCGAGGGUCAUGCUGAAGGAGACGACAGCAAGAAGAAGAGAAGUAAUGGAAAUUCCAGUCCUCCGCCGUCGCCGUUUUACGGCAAUCUUCUGGCUGAUGCCGAUCACCUAUUACCGUUGCAACAUUAUAUCCUUCAACAAGCGAAAUUAUCAGGUUGUUAUAAAUUCGGAGAUCCUUUAAUGGUAGAAGAAGGAGACGAUUCUUUGGAUGAAGAAGGUGGCAGAGGCGAAGGUAUUGGUGGAAGAGGCGAUGAUGAUUCCGACGAUCAAUUCGCUGACGACGAGGCGGCUAGUAAUCAAGGCGAUUCUUCCAGUCAAGAAUAUCUCGAAGAUCAUUACGCGGACUUAGGUAACUACGACACCGCCGGCUUAGCGACUUAUUACACCACAGCCGACACUUUGACGAGGCCACAAGCGCGACCGCCUUCACCGCCGAAUAUUGUAUCUCAGACGGAACCGAGAGACAGUGUGGUGACCACGAGACAGGUCUCCGUACCCACCGUAAGUUCAACUCCGAGUAUUGGUAUAACGAAUGUCGUUAACACUGACCUGGAUGAAGCGCGGAGAGACGACAGCACGGGCGGCGGCGACAUCGAGAAAUAUGCACAGGACAAUCUCAAUUUGAAUUGCGGCAGACCGAAGGGACUGAGACUGUUGUUUCGAAAGAAGUUUAGCGUGCGGGACAUUCUCAGCUGGUCGAAAGAUCCAAUACCACAACCGAUGCUCGCGAUGGUUGACGGUGAGAAGCUACUAAAGAGAGAGGCUUGCAAUCUAUUCCGAUUGGUUCAAGUAUACAUGGGUGAUCGCAAGGCCAAUGUCGGCAUGACUUUGGAUGGUGUCGCUAUGGAUAUCGUGAAUACCGCGUUCACGAAGCCGCCUCUGCGGGACGAGUUGUAUGUUCAGAUCUGUCGGCAAACGACGGAGAAUCCGCGGAAGGAGAGUCUGCGACGCGGAUGGGAAUUGAUGGCUGUGUGUCUGGCUUUCGUGCCGCCUAGUGCCACGUUCGAGCCUUACCUAGAAGGUUACAUGAAUAGGCACCGCGAUCCUAAUUUCCAGUUUCCAGAGGUCGCAAAGUGGCCAAUACAUGUGCAAGUCAGUCAUUACGCGACCGUAGCGUGCAGACGAUUGCAGCGUAUCGGCGUGCACGGCAAGCGACAACCUCGCAAAGCCACAGUGGAGGAUAUUGACCAAGCGAGGAUACAAAUCUUCCGUGCGUCAAUGUUCGGUGCGACGCUCUCAGAAGUUAUGGCUUUACAAAGGGAUCGCUUUCCACUUAGAGAGUUACCAUGGAUACAGACUACGCUAACGCGCCAGGUGCUCGUGCGUGGUGGCACGCUGACCGAGGGCAUCUUUCGAGUGUCCGCGGACGCCGACGAGGUCAGCGCGUUGAAAUCUUGCUUAGACAGGUUCGAGGAUGGAGCGAUUCUAGCAGCUUCUCAGGACGCACACGCGCCCGCCUCCCUGUUGAAAUUGUGGGUACGCGAGCUGUACGAGCCAUUGAUACCGGAUUCCUUCUAUGUAGAAUGCGUGUCUAUGCGGCACGAUGAUCCGGAAGCCUCCGCAGCAAAUGUGGCCGCGCUUGUUGACCGUUUACCGGAUCUUAACCGUCGUGUGCUGUGUCAUCUAAUACGCUUCCUACAGAUAUUCGCUAGACCUGAGGUGGUCGUCCGCACUAAAAUGGACGCCAAUAAUCUUGCGAUGGUGAUGGCGCCGAAUGUAUUGCGGUGUACGUCCCAAGAUCCUCGGGUGAUUUUAGAGAAUGCACGGAAGGAGAUGGCCUUCGUCCGUACUCUCAUCGAGUCAUUAGACACCGCUUGGGUCGACGAUCUUCACUGACCGUAUCCUAUUGCGCUAGAAAAAAGUCCGCUCUAGACUAUUAUGCCAAAUGAAUCAGCUGUAUAGUCAUGUCUAUUGUUAGUUCUCUCCCUCCCCCCCCUCUCUCUCUCUCUCUCUCUCUUUUUCUCACUCACUGUUCUCAAUUUAUCUUCACACUUUUCUUGUUUGUCCAGUCAACAGUUUUCUCCCAUAGUUCCCUAUAUAAAUGUUCUCCGUAACGGUAAUUUAGUGCUAAAGUCUUACCAAGCUAAUCGAUCACCCCCGCUCCUUUAUUUCCUAUUUAUUAUUUAUAUACAAAUUCUAUGUUAUAUGACAGAUUUUAGAGAUUAUAUUAGAUUAUGUAUAUCGCUAUAUAUCAUAUUAUAUAUUUUACCAAUCCCUUGUUACCGCGUCGAACAAACGUGGACGGCUUUUUUACUCAAUCAUUGUUGAAUCUCGUGUAAGAUAAAAAAAAAUCACAUGUGUUACCGUGUAUAGCUGCGCUCCGCGAUAAUCUUUUUGUAUAAGCGAUGGAGUAAAGCGUGUAAAGCGUUUUAUCGAGGAGUAAACACUGCGAAAGAUUAGCAAGCUGUAGUCGCAAAGUGUGUUUUUUCGAUUUUUCCCGAGAUCUCCAAAAAAAAAACACACUUUACACAAACUUCCACGAUACACACAAAUUUUAAAAUCUCACAUAUAUUUUAUAAAAAUAUCCCCAUUUUAUUUUUGUGCAAUAGUAUCCAUACUUAUAACUAAUAAACUUUAUUUUACAAU